AGUCUCCUCCUUGGGGCUGGGCCUUCCUCUCCUGUUACAGUCUGUAUAGACAGGGAAUCCCCUCCUGAUCUCAGACACACAGGGAGAUAUGGCAUCUCUAAGGCUGGCAGGCUGCCUCCUCCUGGCCUGGAUGUGGCUGCUGGUCUCUGUGGUGCACUCUGGUCCCACCUAUGAGACCUACUACUUUGAUCAGAAGAUUGACCACUUUGGGUUCUAUGAGGACUACACCUUUAAGCAGCGUUACCUGGUAUCUAAUACCCACUGGAAGACACCUGGGGGCCCCAUCCUGUUCUACACCGGGAAUGAAGGCGAUAUCACCUUGUUCAGCAAUAACACAGGGUUUAUGUGGGAUAUAGCGGAGGAGCUUCGUGCUCUGCUGGUGUUUGCAGAGCACCGUUAUUACGGAGAGUCUAUGCCGUUUGGUAACCUGUCGUACAGUGACCCCAAACACUUGAAUUAUCUGACCUCCGAGCAGGCCCUUGCAGACUUUGCCGUCUUAAUACGGUUCUUUAAAAAGAACCCUGAUGCCACGAACAGCCCAGUGAUCGCCAUUGGGGGGUCUUAUGGAGGCAUGUUGGCGGCCUGGCUGAGAAUGAAGUACCCUCACGUUGUAGUGGGGGCUCUGGCAGCGUCUGCUCCUAUUUGGCAAUUUGAGGAUUUGGUUCCCUGCAACUUAUAUUAUCAAAUCGUGACAAAUGACUUCAAGGAGAGUGGAGCUGGCUGUGAUGAAAGUAUCUCUAAGUCCUGGUCGGCCAUAAACCGCAUGGCAGGAUCUGAUGAAGGCAUCCGAUGGCUCUCCAACGCGUUUCACUUAUGCUCUCCACUUAAAUGCAAGGAUGAUGUUGCAGCAUUUAAAAACUGGCUGAGUGAGACCUGGGUGAACCUGGCAAUGGUGGACUAUCCGUACCCUGCCAACUUCCUGGAGCCUCUGCCUGCCUGGCCUAUUGAGGUGGUUUGUAGCUUUUUGAAAAACCCCAAACUUGAGGACAAGGCACUUCUGCAGAACAUCUUCCAGGCGAUCAAUGUGUACUAUAACUACACUGGGGACACGCCGUGCCUUAACACCUCUCAGACAGCCGUGGGGAGCCUGGACGACCUCGGCUGGAGUUACCAGGCCUGCACGGAGAUGGUGAUGCCUUUCUGCUCUGACGGGGUCACUGACAUGUUUGAACCACAGUCGUGGAACUUUGAGGCCUUUUCGGAAGAAUGCUACAAGCAGUGGGGAGUCCGACCCCGUCCCUCCUGGAUUACUUCUGUGUAUGGUGGGAAGAACAUCAGCUCCUCCAGCAAUAUAAUAUUUAGUAACGGUGACCUGGAUCCGUGGUCAGCCGGCGGCGUGAAGGAGAGCAUCAGCGAGUCUCUCGUCGCCAUCCUUAUAGCCGACGGAGCCCACCAUCUGGACCUGCGUUCUAAUAACGCGUAUGACCCCAAGUCUGUGCUCGACGCUCGGGCUUUGGAAGUCUCCUACAUGAAGAAAUGGAUCCAAGAAUACAGAAAGCAACUCGGCGUUAAUGGACUAUAAAUGGAUUUUGGUGGCUGGACAGUAAUAUAUCCACUAAAGGGACCUCUCUAUAUUCUGAUUAGUGGAAUAACAGAACUUUUUUUUUUUUCAUUGUCCUGUACCAAACAAUUGGAAACGGAGACCUCAGUUCUGUCCGCCGUUGGCAGAAUUUGCUGAGCCAUAUUUCGGUAGGGGGGCGCGUGUAAAUAGCAUGACCUUCCUGGUGAGAGUUGAUAUGUACCUGUGAGACGUGUGCAGUAUGUGGGGAAUCUUUGUAGAGCACUUUUCCUUCAUUUUUCUAAAUACAUUCCAUGUGCGGCCAAUAGGAAACCUGGAUAUUCGUGGUGUCUGUUGCAGCGCGGUUCCAAUGGAAAUUAAAUGUGUGACGGAGUGCCAGGUUAGCCUGAGCCGUGGAGACGCAGCUAAUUUAGCCUUGUUCUACAUGGUCCUGUUACUAGGCGGUACUGUCCUGAUAGUAUUCCGGCCUGCGCAGUGUUUGUGUAUCCGUUCUUACAAUCCAUACGUAUAGCUCUCUGACCAUUCCCACCUGCAGAGCUGCCGUCUACUGUGAGCUUGGUCAGUCUCUGAAGAGCUGCCAUUGGGGGUAAUUCCAAGUUGAUCGCAGCAGGAUUUUUGUUAGCAAUUGGGCAAAACCAUGUGCACUGCAGGGCAGGCAGAUAUAACAUGUGCAGAGAGAGAUAGAUUUGGGUGGGGUGAGUUCAAUCUGCAAUCUAAAUUGCAGUGUAAAAAUAAAGCAGCCAGUAUUUACCCUGCACAGAAAUAAAAUAACCCACCCAAAUCUAACUCUCUCUGCACAUGUUAUAUCUGCCUCCCCUGCAGUGCACAUGGUUUUGCAAAAUUGCUAUCAAAAAUCCUGCUGCGAUCAACUUGGAAUUACCCCCAUGAUACGGUAUUAUGAUAACGUAGGUCUGUGAUGGAAAUUCAGAGAUGAUUAUUCAUGUGGUCAUAGAAAACUGACUCCCCAACGUGGUCAUGUGGCUCACGUAAUCCAUUCCUUUCCCGCUGUACGAGCGUUGUAGGCCUGGAUCCAGCGCUGAUCUGUUUCUUUGCCUACAGGACUUUGGGGUCUAUUUAUUAAGCCCUGGACGGAGAUAAAAUGGACGGAGAGUACCAGACAAUCAGCUCCUAGUUGCCAUGUUACCUGCUGUGUUUAAACAAUGAUAGUUGCUAGCUGGUUGGCUGGUACUUUAUCUCCAUCCUCUAUCUCCAUCCAAGGUUUAGUAAAUAGACCCUUUUAUUCGUUCCCUUCUGCAAUUGCUAAACCUUCUGUUGAUACUAAUUUGCUUGUUCCUUGUCCGGUGCUGGCACAUCACUAAUCAGAAUUGUCUAAUCUGUCUGGGGGACUGGAUCCUUCCGCGUGUUAUCACUUUACCGGUUUUGGUGAAAUAAUCCCGCAUUUACCAGUUUUACAUGGUUGUCUGGUGCUGAGAAAUCACACAGCAAUAAAAAUUAAUUUUCCUACAUGAA